AUGGCUACCCUUGAAAAAACCAAAGAGCAGCCCAAGAAGUUCCCCGUCCAAGAGGACCUCUCCGACGGCGAAGACUAUGACAGCGCCGACGACUACACCGACGAGGAAUAUGAUGAAGAAGUACCACAAACCAAGACACAGAAGAACAAACAGCUGCAGAAGAAAAAACAACCCGUUCAACAAGAUGACGAAUACACGGACGAAUCUGAAUAUGAUUCAGACGAGUACGAAUCCGACGACGAGGAAGCCAUGCAGCCGUACUCGAAUGAGAACUCGGACUUCAAGCCCUCUGGUGGCAUGGACGUCCUUCAUAAGGAGGAGAAAUCAAUGCUGGACGAGGAAGGCAUGAAGCUGAGAUUAGAACUGAAUCUGGAAAUCGAGGUCGAGCUGAAGGCACGCAUUCAUGGAGAUCUUACUUUAGCUCUCAUGAGUUGA